AUAAUUAGCAUCAAUUUUACGAUACUCUGUUAAUUUCUCCCUCACGUUACUUAAAACAAAUGGAAUUAUUGUUCUCUUGUUUCUUUUUAAGACUUUCGAAUGCUGAAAGUCAGUUACCAUUCAACACUCGACGUACUUGUCUUGAUCUCAUUCAGAGACUACUGGGUCGAGCUCCUGAUGUUCCACUGAUUGAAGCAUCGUCUAUUACGUCACCACUUCAAGAGCCAAUCAGAUCCAAACCUAUAUCAGUGACGAAGAAAACGAAAGUUGUGGGCAAUGGUUAUCCUAUAAAUUCAGACGUUGAGAAUGGUGUCGACCUGCAAGUGUUGAAUGACACAAUCGAUAUCGAGAAGACCACUGUUCAUCCAAUGACAACGUGGGCUCAAAGUAAACGUUUUAUUUCUCUGUCAAUCAAGCUUCGUGGGGUUCAAAGGAUAGCAAAAAAUAUCACCGAAAGAAGAUUUUGCUUCAAAACGAACCAUUUUGAAAAAGUGUACGAACUAAAUCUUGAGUUGUUUGGUCAGAUAAUUCCCGAGGAGAGCAAAGUAACGAUACGUGGAUCUGAAAUUUUGGUCAACUUAAAGAAAGCAAAGCCAGAACCAUGGCGACGUCUUCUUUUAACAACACAGAAGCCUCCGUUUCUGAGCGUUGAUUUUGAUCGUUGGGAAAUGGACUCGGAUUCUGAAAAGAAUGAAACUGAUUCAGUCAAAUCCGAAACCUCGCUAAAGAAUGAUAAAAAUCACCCGAAGGAGACAGCCCGACCAUUUGACGAUGAUUCUCCGGACUCCAGCGAUUAUUCGUCUGAAGAAGAGGAAGUCCGUGAUGGUCUGGGUUUGGAUUUCUCGUGAGGGCGAAAUUUUCCCUUGGUGAUGCGCGUGUGAAAAAUUAGAAGCUUUACUUGAAAUGUGGAUUUAUGAAGUGGAAGUAUUAAUCUGUCUGGUUUGUAUUGUGUUUUUAAGUUAAGUUACCAGCGUUUCAAGAUGCCUGAAAAAAAGAUUAGUGAAGAUAUUGUUAUGCAUUAAACGAGUGGAAGAAGAAACGCUGAAUUGUCUGAAAAGUGUAAUUGUAAUUUUGUAUUUUUUUUGACAAGACAGCAAUGACUUUACUCUUAGCAGUUUUGAAGGAUUAGAUAGGGCGAAUUGUUACCUGUUUAAAUCUAUUACCAAAUGAUAUAUUUUGUUCAAGAACUUGUAACUCACGAAAGUCUAUCCUUUCACUGAACUGUGAGAGCUAAUCAUACACUUACAUAGCUGUAGGAUUUUCGUUCCUGCAUUCAGAUGAACAUAUUUGGUGCCGUGAAUUAUUUGAUAUUUGUACUUGUUAAGUAGUUAUGAUGCCGUUCGUGCAUAUUGUGAAAAAUGAUUUAAUACCAUAGCAUUAUUAAAGAAAAUGUAAAAAAAUACAA